AGAAUUCUUUAUUAUCUAUGGUUACCAGAACUAUAAUGUAUUUAGUAUGCUAUUAAAAAAAUAGUAUCUCAAAUUCUCAUAGUUAUUAAUUAUUAUAUUUAGUAGUUUAUUACAAUAUGCUAAUUUAGUAUUUACCGUCAGGGUCAGACGUCAGUGGUUAGUCUCAGACUAAGUAGUAAGUCGUCACAUUCGUCUCAGACCUCGAUCGACAGUCAUUACUGGUCAGUCACUCGACAAUCGAUACUAGUGAAAUACAUUCCAUUAUUGUGAAUUUAGAAUGUUAUUUUGUGAUGAAAUUUUAAAAAAUAUGUGUUUAAAGUGGUGGUUAUAAUUUUUUUUUCUAUCAAUAGCUCUCGUCAUCAUGUCUUAAUGUUAUAAUGUUAACAUUGCAAAAAAAAAACUUAUGUCAUUCUGUAAUUUAGUAAGGAACUAGUUCCAUAUUGUUUAAAGAUUUUACAAACAACAGUUAAAAUGAAGUCUUCGCAGAGUAUUUUAUUCGGUAUACUUCUUGUGCUUGUUUGUUGUCGUGGUUAUUAUGCAAGUGUGCGUGAUCGCAAGGAUUUAUGUCCAAAAAUCUACCCUUGGGUAUUCCUUGGCUAUAGACCAUUAAGUAAAGAAGAAGCUGGUCUUUAUAUAAAAAUUUCAAACGUCACAUUGAAUGGAUGUAUCAUGAAAUGUUGUGAAUCUGAUAAUUGUAACGUGGUUUUCAUGAACAAGAAUGAUUGUUAUACGCUGUCAUGUAAAUCAAAUGAUGACUGUUUACCAGUUUAUGCUAAAGAACACGUAUUGGAUUUCAAAAUGAUUUUAGUAGCUCCUCUUUCACCUGCUAAUUAUUGGACUGACAUAUUGGAAAGCAAUCGUUUCUCAGAGCCUGAGGAUGCCAAAGUAGUAUAUUCCUUAGAUAAAAUAUGCGAAGUGAACAAUGAUUGUACAGAUAAUGAACAAUGUGACCCUCAAAUUGGUAUUUGUGUUUGUUCUGAGGGAUAUGAAUUAGAUGAGACUAAGAAAUUCUGUUAUUCAAAUACUGGUAAUUUGGGAUUAGGAUCAAAUACAUCUGGUUAUGAUGUAGAUGAUAUAAAUAAUGCUAUACCAGAACAACAACAAUUUGACAGUUUAAAAAAAGUAUCAGUUGAAAGUGAAUCCCAAAAACCACCUGAAAUCAAACAUUUAGUUGUUUCAGUGUUGUCAAAAACUGUACGAUUACCAGAAAAUGAAGCUACACUUUCUGCUUAUACAGUACCAGCAGAUGACACAGGUCAUAGUUAUCAAUAUGAAUGGUCACUAAUUUCAAAAACUCAGGGCUCUGGACAAACUGUAUCAAUGAAUGAUCAGAAUGGAAGCACAUUAAAACUUUCUAAUCUAGUUGAAGGUCUAUAUACCUUCAAGGUAACUGUUACUGGUACAGGUGCUUUUGGAGAAACUCAAGCUAAUGUCACAGUAUUACUACCUCAAAGAAUUAAUACACCACCAAAAGCUGUAAUAUUACCAUCGUCCUUGGUGGUAAAGUUACCCAAUACAGUAGCAGUGCUGGAUGGUUCGAGUAGUCGUGAUGAUACUGGUAUUGUGCAUUGGCGUUGGGAGUUACAGAAAGGUCAAUUAGGAUAUAGACCUCAUUUACCCCCUGAUACUCCAACUUUACAGCUAAAUGAUCUACAAAUUCCUGGAAACUAUACAUUCAAAUUGACUGUUAUGGAUGCAUGGAAUGCCACUGACUCAACUACAGCUAAUAUUACUGUUAUGCGAGUACCUGACUAUCCACCAGAGGCAAAUGCUGGACAAGAUAUGGUUGUUUAUUUACCAGUAAAAAAUGUGACCUUAAAUGGGAGUCUAAGCACAGAUGAUCAUGGCAUUGUUGCAUGGGAGUGGACUAAAAGUUCUUCAGAUCAAAAUAAAGCUGUCGAUAUUCAAGAUACACGUACACCAUAUCCCAGGCUAUCUAAUUUAGAAGAAGGAUUGUACACAUUUGUAUUAAGGGUGACAGAUAAUGCAAAUCAAACUUCAAGUCCAUCAGAAGUUCAUGUUUUUGUCAAACCACCAACUAAUAAACCUCCUGUUGCCAUUGCCGGUAAAAAUUUAACAUUAUCAUUGCCUCAAACUUGGGCAUUGCUUGAUGGUUCAAAAAGUAGCGAUGAUAUUGGAAUAGAAAAAUGGAAAUGGUAUCAAAUUAGUGGUCCAUCAAAUGUGCAUUUUGAUAACGACAAUGCAUCUAAAACAAAUGUUACUGAGUUGACUAAAGGUGUUUAUGUAAUUGGUUUAACUGUUACUGACGGAAAUGGAAAUAAUGCUUCAGACAUUGUUAAAAUUACAGUGUAUCAAAACAAAAAUACUCCACCUAAAGCUAACGCUGGCGGAGAUAAGACAAUUGUAUUACCAGUUAGUGCUAUUAUUCUUAAUGGCUCAUUGUCAUGGGAUGAUUUAGCAAUUGUAAAAUGGGACUGGAUUCGUGAACCAAAUUCUUUAGCUGCCGGAAACAUAAUUUUAAAUUCAGAUCAUUUACCAGUUUUAAUUGUAACAAACAUUGUUGAAGGGCGAUAUGUAUUUCGUUUAAAAGUUACUGAUGAUCAAGGAGCGUCCAGUGAAGAUAUAGUUUCAGUUAAUGUCAAGCCUGAUCCUAUUGCAAAAUCUAUUGUAUGUUUAACACUUUACAUUGAAGCAAGCCGACUAACACAAAAACAAGCAGAUGAAGUAAAAUUAAAAUUAGGCAUGUUAUUGCCAACUGGUAGUCAAUUAAAGGUUAGAAAAUGGACAGAAGAACAAAAUUCUAAAAGGGCCCAGUUACAUUUUUUUGUUAAUGACAAUAAAAAUAAAACACUCCCAGGACCAGAUGUAGUUUCUAUGUUAAAAUCUAAACUCAAACAAGAUUCUUCACUUUUACAACUAUCAGUUGACAAUAUUCAAACUACAGUUUGUCAAAAUAAUUGUUCAGGCCAUGGAAUCUGUGAAGAAGAAACACGAAUAUGUGUUUGUGAAGCAUUUUGGAUGCACAAUUUGUACAGAGCUUUAUUUGGAGAUGGCGAAUCCAACUGUGAAUGGAGUAUUGUAUAUGUGGUCAUCAUAUUAGUUGCUAUGUUUGUAACUACAGUAUUUUGUUUUUGGAGUAUUGCUUGCUUCUGCAAUCGCAUCUGUACUACUAAACAAAAAAUAAAAAAAUACAAGCUGGUUGGAGUUGAUGAUGAUAAUCAUACAAUGAAAAGUUCAAUGUCACACUUGGAAUUAUCUGACACAGAUUCGGAUUCUGACGUACUAUUAGACGUGAGAAAGGCUAAAUUGAACCAGAACAGUAUGUCAAACAAAUUGUUAAAUGUGUCUCGAUACAAGAAAAAUAAGAGAGUUAAUGCUUGAAUUGCUAAAAAAUGCUAUUCUAAAUUUUUAACUAUUAACAGAUCUUCGGAACAUCAAUAGCUUCUCAUACAGUUAUAUAAUAUAAUAUGAGCUUUAUUCAUAAAAAAAAACUAAAAAUGAAAAAUUAUUUUUAAAGUUUAUGAAAAAAAAUUAUUUAUUUGAUGAACUGAUGAUAUUUUUCACACAUAUUUCUUAUAUUAAUUUAAAUUAUUUGAAUAUUAUAUUUUAAACAAAACCUUUAUAUAGAGUAUUCUGAUGUAUACCAUUUUUUUCUAGUCAUGCUUGUUUUAUUUUAUUGCAAAGUUUAUUGGACAAAAAGUAAAACAAUUUUCACAACUAUUAAAUAUUGUGUUUUUAAUUGUUAUUAUUAUUGCUAGCACGGCUAUAAUUUAUUAUAUUAUAGAAUUUAUUAGUAUAAUAUUAAUGAACAGUAAAAAUAAAUUAAUGAUAUUGAUUAAAAAAUUAGAAAGAAAGUUGAUAUAUUACAACAUUAGUUACAGUUAUUUCUUAGUUAAACAAUUAAUAAACUUAUAAUAUUAUUUUAUAUGUUUAAAUUCCUAAUUACAAGCCUUUAUGAUUAAUUCUAAUUAUUUUAUUAUAUGUAAUAAUAAUUAUUAUUAUCAAUUACAAUUUGUAUGAAAAAGUUCCUUGAAUAUAAUGAUAAUUAUUCAUAUUGGUUUAGAUACCAUAAUAAAAAACAUUGUCUACUUA